UCUUUACUAUUCUUAUAGUUUCUGGUGAUCUUUCAGCCAGGUUUAUGUUCCUUAACGAUCCUGCAGUAAAGAGCUGGUAAACUGGUUCACCUAGUGGACAUUGAAGGGAAAUGCACGUGAUGUAUUCAUGCACCUCCUCCACGUCGCAGUUGUUUCAUUUGCGCCAUUUUGUUCGCUGACUUUGGUGAUUGGGUUUAGAAAGCUGUACUGGAGCCAAUCAGAAGGGAACCGGACAGCGAAGAAACGUUUGCCAGUAAGGAUAGUAAUAUUACCCAACCAUGGAGCAGUACACCACUGCCACAACCACAACAGGGGAGCAGAUCAUUGUGCAGACUUCCAAUGGGCAAAUCCAACAACAGGCACAGGGUACUGUGACGGCUGUACAGCUGCAGACCGAGGCACCGGUCGUGACUGCCUCGGGCCAGCAGGUGCAGACACUCCAGGUAGUCCAAGGCCAACCUCUAAUGGUGCAGGUGAGCGGAGGGCAGCUAAUCACAUCGUCAGGGCAACCCAUCAUGGUACAGGCCAUGUCAGGGGGGCAAGGCCAAACCAUCAUGCAGGUCCCUGUGUCUGGGGCACAAGGACUCCAACAGAUCCAGCUGCUGCAGCCAGGGCAGAUCCAGCUGCAGGGGGGUCAGACGUUGCAGCUGCAGGGGCAGCAGGGUCAGCCCCAGCAGAUCAUCAUUCAGCAGCCCCAGACAGCCAUCACCGCUGGACAGAACCAGGGCCAGCAGAUCAGUUUGCAGGGCCAGCAGCUUGCCCAGACUGCUGACGGACAGACCAUUGUCUACCAGCCUGUAAACGCAGAUGGUACCGUCCUGCAACAGGGAAUGAUUACCAUCCCAGCCUCCAGCCUGGCAGGUGCCCAGAUCGUACAGGCAGGGAACACCAACACCUCCAACAGCGGGCAGGGUACUGUGACCGUCACCCUGCCAGUCCAGGGUAACAUGGUCAAUGCAGGUGGAAUGGUCAUGGUAAGACCCUCUGCAGAGAUGGUUCCCGGCGGUGGCACAGUUCCAGCCAUGCAGCGUAUUCCUCUGCCCGGGGCUGAGAUGCUGGAGGAGGAGCCUCUGUACGUCAACGCCAAGCAGUACCACCGCAUCUUAAAGAGACGACAAGCCCGCGCCAAGCUGGAGGCUGAGGGAAAGAUCCCCAAAGAGAGGAGGAAAUAUCUUCAUGAGUCUCGUCAUCGCCACGCUAUGGCGAGGAAACGGGGAGACGGAGGUCGUUUCUUCUCUCCCAAGGAGAAAGAGGAGAUGGCGCUGGCCCUGCAGCAGGCCCAGGCCCAGGCAGCAGACGAGACCGUGGCCCAGAUGAUCCGGGUUUCGUAGCACCAACACCACCCAUCCCUGAACACCACCCUACCUGAGAUCCAUCCAUCCCUGAACACCACCCUACCUGAGAUCCAUCCAUCCCUGAACACCACCCUACCUGAGAUCCAUCCAUCUCUGAACACCACCCUACCCGAGAUCCAUCCAUGACUGAACACCACCUUACUCGAGAUCCAUCCAUCACUGUACACCACCCUACCUGAGAUCCAUCUGACACCCAACCCAGCAACACUCUCUCUUUACCCUUGGAUCUACCUACCUACCCCUGUCCUCAUCCCAAACCCCCCUGGCUAUGGUUAUCCUGUUAUCACCGUGGUUUGUAGCCUCUGAGCCUCUAAACGCCCAGGUCUUCCAAAGCUGGGUUUGGUGGCUGUUGAGUCUAUGGAUUCUGCUCUGAUCCCCUUGAUUAAGAAGGGUGCUCAGCUGCCCCUGCCCAACACCAAGAUGCUAACUGCUAAUCGGGAUGUAUUCGUGUUAUAAUUUGAGGAUUAGUACUGUGAAUUAGUACGUUCAUGUGAAUUAUGAACGUGUGCAUUACUGGAACUGUGACCGUACCCAUUUACACCCUGGAAACUAACUUUGAAGAGAGAUCUUGAAAGCCAUAGGUCCAGUUAGUCAGUUCAGUCAAUUUGUUUGCUGAAGAAAUCUGAUUGUGUCUCUUCAGAUGCAAACCCAGACUUUGUUUCUGAAAUGCAGGGAUUGUUCAUUAAUUACAUUAUACAUUGAUGAAAUCAUCAUUGGGUUACUUUUGCUCUUUUAUUUUUUUUCGAAUGUUCAUCUGCCGAUUUUAUUUUUUACCAUAGAAGAAAAAAACUAAACACAAACCCCCAUGAAGGGAAAUAGGACAUUGGUAUCCAAACAAACUUCUUGGAUAUUUUGGAAAUUUGUGUGCACUCAAUUAUCAUUGCCCAAUUUUCUGUAUUGGGGAAUGUAUUUUAUAUUAACUUUUUUCAAAAGAUAAAUAGAUGUUUGUGUGACAGUGAAGUGUGAUAGAUAACACAUACCCAUUGUAAAGUCAUCAGACCCACGUGACAUUAGUUCUUUGGAAGCGGGUCGUUUUUUGUUUUAAAACGAAAGGUUUUUACCCGCGCGAUGCUGUCCUUUAAGGAUAAGCUAAUAGAUAAAAAAAAAUUGUGGUUGACCAGUUGGUUUGACAAUGAAAUCUCCAUGCAAUGUUAUGUUCAUAAAAUCAUUAGAAAAAGA